UGCGUGCCGCACGGGUGGGAGGAGGCAGGCGGCGCGUUUCUCCGGCUGUCCCUGCGGGGCCGGGUUUGGGGCUGUUGGCUCUUCUCGGCCCCCGUCGCCGCGCCCGGAGGAGGGAGACCAUGCCCGCCGAGCUCUCGCCGGGUCGCCAUGGCAGCCCAGAGCCAGGGGCCUGCCCGGGGGCCGCGGCGUCGCGGGUCUACCCCGGCUGUUGUUAGAGACCCGGCGUGGCGGGCGAAAGGCCCUCAAGUUUGAACGCCUCCUUCUCCAGUCGGGGCUCCCUGGUUCUGCCCAUUCCUCCAACUAUUUUUUAAGUUUGUGUUGAAGGAUAAACUAAUAUCGAAAACUGACACGUUUGAGGCAAAAAAAGUUGAGCGUGCAGCCUCUGGCACUGUUUGAAUCACCCCCUUCUGCUGGCCUGGCUCCGCGCUAACGCGUUUCCGAAGGAGCAUUGAACCUUGGAUGCGGCAGGUGUUCUGGGGGUAUGUUUGUUUAGCUCCUCCGGGGUGUAAGCCGUUCACACUGGGAGCAGACGAAGGGAGCUGCGUGCUCGAGUCUACUGCCCAGAAAAAUACUUUUAUGUCCCAAAGCCGAAAACACCCUUUAAAGCUCACUCUUUCUCUUCAUCUGAGAAACCCGAUUCAUCAUAAAGAAUCUUAUCCAUCUUUGUCACCAAUAUGGUUUGUGGACUCCGAUGACCCAAAUUUGACAUCAGUCCUGGAACGUCUAGAAGACACUAAGAACAACAAUUCGCUUCGUCAGCAAUUGAAGUGGUUGAUAUGUGAACUCUGCAGACUAUAUAACCUUCCUAAGCACCUGGAUGUUGAGAUGCUAGAUCAACCACUACCCACGGGUCAGAAUGGCACAACAGAAGAGGUGACUUCAGAGGAAGAGGAAGAGGAAGAGAUGGCUGAAGAUAUAGAAGACUUGGAUCACUAUGAAAUGAAGGAAGAAGAGCCUAUAAAUGGAAAAAAGUCAGAGGAUGAAGGAAUUGAAAAAGAAAAUUUGGCAAUAUUAGAGAAAAUUAGGAAGACUCAAAGGCAAGACCAUCUAAAUGGUGCAGUGUCUGGGUCUGUACAAGCUUCAGAUAGACUUAUGAAAGAGCUCAGGGACAUAUACAGAUCACAGAGUUAUAAAACAGGGAUUUAUUCAGUGGAACUCAUAAAUGACAGUUUAUAUGACUGGCAUGUUAAACUGCAGAAGGUUGAUCCUGAUAGUCCUUUGCACAGUGAUCUUCAGAUCUUAAAAGAAAAAGAAGGCAUAGAAUAUAUUUUGCUUAACUUCUCUUUUAAGGAUAAUUUUCCAUUUGAUCCUCCAUUUGUUCGAGUGGUGUUACCUGUUCUCUCAGGAGGGUACGUGUUGGGUGGCGGAGCAUUAUGCAUGGAACUGCUUACAAAACAGGGCUGGAGCAGUGCCUACUCAAUAGAAUCGGUCAUCAUGCAAAUCAAUGCCACUUUAGUCAAAGGCAAAGCCAGAGUGCAGUUUGGAGCAAAUAAGAAUCAAUAUAAUCUAGCAAGAGCCCAACAAUCCUAUAAUUCCAUUGUACAGAUACAUGAGAAAAAUGGCUGGUACACCCCUCCAAAGGAAGAUGGCUAAAUGUGAUGACUUGUGUAUGUUUGGACCAAUGUUGCUUUAAAGAAAAAUCUUUCCAACAUGCAGACACAAGCUUUGGGUGCCCCUAUAACAACAGUACCGAAGAUGUUAGCUAAUAGAUAUUUUAGUGGAUAAUCUGUCAACUGAUCCAGUAUAAGUUACAGCCUUUCCAUUUUUCUCAUUUUAGGUAUCUUGGACUGAGCAGUGGGGCCUUUACUGUAUUUUUCUUGAUAAAUACAUAUACUGGCCACUCCUUAUCAUCUCUUUUUCUUGAAGGGUGAAAUGUGUUAGGCAGGCAAGUCAGCAUCAGGUUACUAAAGUUGUGACUUUAGGGCAACUUUCCCAUUUUGAGCUCUUGCGUUAUGAGGAUUUGCAAUAUAUUGUUCCAUUUAAAGCCAAUAAAAGUUUAAUUGAUGUUUAAUACUGGUUUAGAAAAUUUAAGGUCUUUUAAAUCACAGUAGCUUUUUUUCAGGUUAAAACCAUUUAUGAUAUUGCCAAAAUAAUGACAGGAAACGUACUUAUUAAAUGGUUAAACUUUUUUUUUAUGGCUAUGAAGGUUUGAAUUGUUUCCCGAAGAUUUGCUCUUAACUGAGCUGUACUUUUUAGUUAAAGCAAAGAAGGCUGUGCCAAUUCAGGCUUGUGAGUAAUUUCUACUGGGGCAUCAGAGUCUUGCUGGGCUGAAUCUGCUUCUUCUUGUUUCAAUAUUAUGAAGGGCUUGAAAUUUAGAGCUUGAAGUUAUUUAAAAUACUAAGUCAUUUUACGUUUCCAUUUUAUUAACGGGAUGUUGCAAUCAGUUGUAAACUAAUAAACUUAUAAAGUGAUUGGCACAAAGACUCUUUGAACAAAAAUUGCACAGUAAAGUACCGAAAGUAUCUAAUUUGGAGACUUAAAAUUUUUGCUAUAUUUAAAACAAUGGCUUUUACAUUGAAAAACUAAUAGGAACUCUACAUACGUUAAUUCUUUAUAAAACCUGACUCAAAUCAGUGUACUCUCUAUUUUGUUGCCUUACCUGAAUCAGUCCUGUUGGGUUGGAAAUAGAUUUCUUUAUGUACCCAAAUUUGAUUUAAAAGUAAAUUCUAGUUAUGAAGCACUUUUAAAAACCAGAAGCACAUUUUUUUCUGCACAAACCAGUUACAAAGUUCAAAAGUGUUUCUUAUGCUUUAAGACUCAGUUUUUAACUUUGUAAAACCAUAUCCGAGAGACUUGGCACUUCUGCAUUAUUGUGUGUUCAAUUUCUUUUUUUAAAAAAAAAUUUGGCUGGGAGGACAUUGGAAAAAGAUUUUCUGGCAUUCUUGUUCACUUGGUUACAUUUGUAUAAAGUUCUGAUUGCCAGUUGCUCAGAAAACAAGUGACAAGGCAGAAUUCUUUAAAGAAUUAAAGUUCCUUAAACCUAAGGCUGAAUCUUGAA